AGCCAACUCCGCAUACAGACAGCCAGCCGUUCACCGUCCUGCUGCUGCGCGGAGUCCCGUCUUCUCCCUCCGAGCUCCGGUGUUGUUUCAUCCCGCCUGAGAGGAUCUACGAGGGGUUGGCUAGCGAGUUCGGUCGCGUUUCUUUUGGGGGGGGAUAUACAGUCUUGUCUUUGCGAGCGUUGUUCUCCAGUUGCCCUUCAAGACAUAUGGAGAAAAUGGCCAGACCUCUUCCUAUAAACCCAACUUUCCUGCCGCCGACACACGGCGUGCUGAAAUCCCUGCUGGAAAAUCCGCUGAAGCUGCCUUUUCAUCACGACGAAGGUUUUGGGAAAGACAAGGAGAAAGAGAAGAAGCUGGAAGAUGAGAGCAGCGCAGCCAACCACCCACAGUCAGCCUUCCUGGGACCGACCCUUUGGGACAAGACCCUGCCCUACGAUGAGGACAACUUUCAGCUGGAGUACAUGGACCUGGAGGAGUUCCUGUCGGAGAACGGCAUCCCCGCUAACACAGCCCAAGGCGACCAGGCCCCGCAGGCGGCACAGCAGACACAGGCGCCACCGCCAGCCCCACCCACGCCCACUGUAGUGGACCUCAGCAGCCGCGCCACCACCUCGGUUCACACAGGCAUGGCGCCUCAGACCUGCCUCCGCAGCCCAAGCACAGCAGCACUGCCCUCAGCCCGAGACACCCCCAGCCCCAUCGACCCAGAGUCCAUCCAGGUGCCCCUGAGCUACGAGCCCGACCCACAAGACCUGGCUCUGUCUAGUGUGCCCGGCCAGGAAAUGUUCGACCCCAGGAAACGCAAAUUCUCCGCAGAGGAGCUGAAACCACAACCAAUGAUCAAGAAAGCCCGCAAGGUCUUCAUCCCCGAAGACCUGAAGGACGAUCGGUACUGGGCCCGGCGCAGAAAGAACAACGUGGCAGCCAAGAGGUCACGGGACGCCCGGCGGCUGAAGGAGAACCAGAUCGCCAUCCGGGCCAGCUUUCUGGAGAAGGAGAACGCCGCCCUUCGCAUGGAGGUAGCAGAGAUGAGGAAGGAGCUGGGCCGCUGCAAGAACAUUGUGGCUAAAUAUGAGGCCCGACACGGGCCCCUGUGAGCCCUCAAAAACCGCAACUAACACCCACCAAGUCACACCCCCUUUACUCCCCUGACCCAGCUUCCCUUGAGUUUGAAGGACAAUGUGUCUCUUUUGGUGGCACUGCCCCCUCCUCCUCCUCCUCCUCCUCCUCCUCCUCCUCCUCCUCCUCCUCCUCCAGCCCCACAAACCUCCCAUCUCACCCUCCACCCCAUUCAACACACACCUGAAUGAUUCUGGUAUUAUAACUGUCAUUUUGACUUCUAUCAUAAGCUUCGAUUUGUCUGUUCCUUCUUUUAUUUUCACAUCGUUCAACUAAAUAUAUAUAAACAUAGAUACAUGUAUGUAUUUGCACACGCAUACUUCCCACUUUAAUGUACUGUGAGGAGUUAUGAGCCAACCCACCAGCUGAGUCCCCCGCUACCUUCCACUUUUGAGAAACGAUGCCAUGCUGUUGUUCACUUUCAUACCAAUUUUAUACGUGCGAUCAGGACUGAAAACUGUUUUUUCCCUUCUUCUUCUUCUUCUUCUUCUUCUUCUUCUUCUGUGUUAUAAAAUGUGGCGUGUCCAAGAGCCUGCUUAUACCCCACAAAUCUUGUGUUUUUUAAACCCUGUAAAUGUUUGUUUUUCUCCCAUCAGCAACAUCUUUUUAACCCUUUUAAAAACUUUUCUUGUUGUAUUUCUAACUUGCCGGCGCUCUAACACUGACACGACUCCCCCUCAGCUUCUCUGACAGCAUUUUCGGUUUUUUAACAUUCAGAUAGCACUAUAAAAAAUUAUUUUUUUCCUGUGUAAUUGGGCGUAGAUUUGCCGUUAUUUUGUUUUUGUUUUGUUUUUCAUCAACCAGUCACUGAGCAAUAAUUCCUGUCCAGAACUUAACUGACAUGACUACCUAAAUGUAACCCCCUCCUGGCCAAUCCCCCCCUCUUUCCAUCUUCAACUCACCUGUCAACUAAGAAAACUUUAUAUAACCUCUGCACUAAUGCGUGUCUCACAAUCUGAUCCGGUGCAAUGUUUCCACUCACUCAAAAUUUUCCUCCGCCUCAUAUUUAUCUACCUUUUAUUUCUCAGAUGGAAGAUUGUUGUUUUUUUAUAUAUAUAUAUAUAUAUAAAUAAAUAUAUGUAUUCUGUUAAUAUAAUUGUUAGUAUUAAUACUACUCUUGACAUUGUCGUUGUUUAGCCUCCUCCUUGUUUUCAGAUUUAAGCAUGAUUUUUCUUUCACAGAACGAAAAAGCUUAUUUUUCUUUUUUCUUUUUUUUUUGCAAAGUUGUUGAUAAUUCGUUUUGCUUCUGUUUAACUUUUAGCAUGAUUAAUAUGAGUGUUUUUAUUUAGAAAAUCAAUACAGAUGUCUGUAGUCUCUCAUUGUAGCUCUAUGUUUGCCCUCUUUUUAAAGAUGGCUGUAUGAAUGUAAAAGAUGUUGACAAAACAAAAAAAGUUGGAUGGUGUUGUCCAAUACUGUGGUUAACCCAAUCAAUUUGUUUACUGCAGACCAAACGAUUCACAACAGAGAUGAUAUAUUGGUUACAAAAGAUAUGUUUAUACAAACCUAUUCUAUAAGUUGUUCUUUUUGUACAGUAUUUUUCCUAUACAUUACUGAACUAUGUAUUUUAAAGGCACAACAGAUCCAGAAUAUUAUUAAAGAAUACAAGUAUAUAAUUCAAAAAACAAAUGCAUAUAGUGGUAUUUUGAUAUUCUAUAUUAGCUAGGAUGUGCUAGUUUUACAGAGAUUUGUGGAUAUUGAACAGCACCCAAACCUCCUGGGCAUUAUUAUUAUUAUCAUUUUCAUGAUGAAUAUUAUUAUUAUGACAACACUCCUAGUGUUGGCGGCACACUUAGGCUCCCAUAUCAUAAAAGUCCCAUUUAACUCUGAGGAAGCAGAUACUGAAAAUGCAGUCCAUAAGAGAGAAUGUACAGUUAAGGCACUUUUUUAAAUCCAUCGACUCAAAUCCCAUUAAAAACAAAACACGAGUUUGUUCAUCAUGUUUAGUGUUGUAUCGUUCCCCCGACAGGUGGCAACAUUUAAGGUGUCAUCCAGUUUUUUUCUUUCUUUCACAGUGAAUAUUCGUAACUUUUCAUGGCUUUUUUUUUUUAAAUUGCGCAGCUUGUGAGUUUCUUUCUGAUCUGAUUUGAUGGGAUGAAGUUACUAUGAAGGAAGGGAAAUCUAUAGCUGGUUACUAUUGCUGCUCUGUUUGUAAUUGAUUCCUUCAGCCGAUGCAGUUGUAGGGUGUUCCUGAACCUGAGUGAUGGACACUGGGAAGCUUUCUUUGUUUUCUUAAAUGAAGGCUUACAGUGGAGUUUCCCCAAAUGUUACUUGUGUCGUAGUAUAGAGCUGCAUGCUGCUUUUUGCCAACCAGUCCAAGACUAGGAUGUGACCGAUUCAUGUUUUUGAGGGCUGAUAUUGAUAUUUCUGGUUAUUUGUAUGGAAGUCCAGGGUUUCCAGUAUUAAAUGAAAUCAUCCAGCUGAAUAGUUUUACAUUUUGGGAAUAUUAUUUUAUCUCUUUUAUCUCUGAUAGUUAAAUAUAAGAGAAGAUAAAUAUCACUUACAUGUGUGCAUUUAAUAUGACGUUAAAGUCAGCAGUUGAUUAGUUGCGUUUAAAGACUUUGAAUGGAGAAAAACAAAUUUUCAUUUUGUUUUUAUCAGAAAUGAGCUUAAAAAUGAAAUGAACAUUUCACAUUCAAUGGUAGAUUUGAAAAGAAAUAAAUUUUAUUAGUUAUUUGUCAGUGGAGUUCUAAUUUCUAGUUUGGUAAUAAUGCAUUUUCAAACUUGUAAAUAAAAACUACUAUUUUAUGAGAAUAUUUUUUUGGCAUACAUCAUAUGCACACAAACCACAAAAAAUUCUCAACAAGUAAAUUACAUUAAUUUAAUAUUGGCAGCCCUGGACUUCCAUAUUUUUGCGAUAAUUCUUAAAGUCAUCAGUAUUUGGUUCUUUUUUUAAGGCGGAAACAGGGUUUAAAAACAUAAUCCAAAUGAAACAAUCAAAAAAGCCAAUAUCGACCCAACAAAACAGGUCAAAUUGCAGUCCAAACCUGGUUGAACAUUAUUGAUCCAAUCCAAAGGCGUUCUUUUCUAACCACAAACUAUCGUCUUAGCAUUUUUGCGCUUUAGAGUGUGUUGGAAGACUGGAACGAUGCUUCCUAAAUCUGUGGAGCAUCUUUUUAUGAAAUCGUAUAUGUAUAUGUAUCAUAGGAAAAAGCCAAUAAUUACUCCAUGUGUAUCCCAAAAGUACCUCACUGUCAAGUGAUUUCACUACCUCACCCGGAAACGUUAACCAUACUUCUGAGUCUAUUCCAGUGCCUUGAAUACACUGACUGUUCCCCAGUCUCUCAGCAAUGUAAAGUUCUCAUCACAGCACCAAUCCGAUAGGUUCAGAUCUGCACUGAAGGGCUUCUUAGUGCAUCAAAAAAAUCUAUAUAUUAUAUACACUGACAACUCUCUUCAUUUCUUAUUUUGGACAUUGCAAUAGACUUGUAACCAUUGUAUUCAUGGCAACACCAACGGACUGUUUCAGAGUGUGUAAAAACACAACUUAAAGGUGUAUUCGGUCGUGAUUGUCAUGGAAUGGAUGCAUAACAUUUAUUUGUGCUGUUCAGCCCUCAGCCUCUCCGUCUCUCUGUAAUUUUUAGUGUCUAAUAAAAUCCCAAUUCUUUUC